UCACAUUCCAUCAUGCCCUCUUCCAACGACAACUUGAGCUCAAAGAAGCUACCGGCCUGUGACUCCUGCAAGGCCAAGCGAGUCCUCUGCCAUCCUCAGCCGGAUGGCCAGUCUUGUCCCCGAUGUGUAGAGAAGCAAAUAUUAUGCAAAACGACGUAUGUACGACGAGGCAGACCCAAGAAAGCUGAACCCUCCUCCCAACUCUCUGUCACCCCUGCCGAUCCAGCGGUUGCUUUGCUGUCCAAUACCGAAGUCGUGAAACAUCUAUUCAAAUGCUUUACCAAACUCGCUGAACAUUGUCAUGCCAUGUUCCUCGACCUCCAGUUCGAGAAAGUCCUCACUGCAGCCUCCUGGCGGCUUGAUCUUCUGCAGCCGCAGGCUUCGGCCCUUGCCCAUUGCAUAUGUGCCGUCGCUGCGACGAUGGCUUUCCACCCAGACAUUCUUGGCUCCGACCUAGAACUGCCGGAGUCCCUUGCCGAUACCGUCUUUUUCAUUCCUGGCAACGAUUUUCGUGCGUAUGGCGCUCGGCGGGCCCAUUCUUGUCGAAUAUUAUACGAGCGGGCCCUGCGUGUUGCCACAGAGUCGUGUGUGCAGGCAGAGCCCUCAAAGUACAACACUUUGUCGUGUUUCUUGUUGGACUCUCUUGAAGAUUACGUGGAAUCAAGCUCAAGACCAUGGGCCGCGAGCUAUGUCUCCCAUUAUCGCACUUUUUUGUCGGCACUGCUGGACACCCAACCAGACAGACCACUGUGGGAAGGUUACCUCCUUUCAGAGUCCCUGCGAGCAGUAAUCCAUCGAAAACCCGUUCUUAUAACACUUGCCGACCAGCUUUCCGUUUCUCAAGGACCACCACGCACCUUGGAAUCACUCCUGGAAGCUAGUCGUCAAGAAGCGGUAUCGCCGUCGCUCAAACACCGCUCACAUUUUGCUCUUGAAUGUAUCCGCUCAUUCGUUUACUACACAACGAAGCUUUGUCGGGACUUUUACGAAAACAUCUCAGGCGAUUAUGCCAGACGACAACCCAUUUCCGAUGUUGCCUUGCGAGAUACCAUCGAAACGCUUACCUCCAUGCAGGCGCUCAUUUCCUUCUGCUUCAGCGAUAUGAACUUCCCCAAUCAAGCAGCAUUGCAACAGCUGACGGAAGUGUCGCGGCAAACCCAACGUCCGGAAACAUCACACAGCGUUCGCACAUGUGCGUUCGCGAUGUCCAUUAUGUUCGCUGCAAUGGCUUUGACUCUUCAUACGGAGCUCGAGAAGAGAGCGAAUGAAAACCCCGCAUACGAAACAAUUGCCGCGCCACCCUCUGAAUCGACUACUUCAAACAAGUCUAUCCACUCCCAUUUGACCCAAUCGUCUUGGGCGUCUGUCCGCACUUUUUUCCGAACUCAUAACCCCACCUCCACCCACCUCCAUUCCACACAAUCGCCAUGGACGUCAUCCCGCAUUGCCUUCCUACGGUCUCAGGCACACGAUCUUGUCCUGAGCGCAUUACCGGACCUGCGCCGCGUCCUGAUGUUGCAGGACUUCCCCCUUCAUGGCUUGUCUGCUAUGUGGACAAAUAUCAUGGGCUGGGCAGAGUUUUGUAUCGAAGAGGCUGACCGCGCCAGAGGCUUGGCUGGUCUAGGCGGGACACCGAAUGCACGCGGAGAGGUCAGCAUCGAAGAAACUGUCUCAACCUAUGAACAUAUUCUUCACUGGCUCAAAGGCCUCGGGUACACUCAUUCCAGCGCGCGGCUCGACACGCUCAUCACGCGGAUGGAGGCGCACCUGACCGCGUAUCGCCAGGCGUCGCAGAGUCCUCCUGACCUGGGCGACAUGUCGAUGUCGAUGUUUACCGAGCCUGCUGGACGGGAGCUGUUUUCUGCUGCGGACCCUCAGAUUGACCUGGAGAUGCUUGCGCGCUCUGGGACGGACAUGUCUUUCUUACUGGACAAUUGGAUGGCGAUCCAGAGUGGGUCGCACGCACAUAUGAAUAUGCAGAUGUAA